UCCUUUUACCUGUUUUGCCUGUUAGCUUGUAGCUGCUAACGCUAGCAUCGUAACCAACGUCGUUAGCUAGUUAGCUAAAAGGCUAACGUUCGUCAACCGUUAGUGACGUCACUUUAAGCUUCGAGAAAACGGUUUUAAAGUUAUGUGCUCGGUUUAUCGCCUAAUUGUUUACUGUAUAACUUUCUUAAAACUUAUAUUAAAGUGUGUGUGUGGCCACUUUCAACACACACUCAACCUCUCCACAUCAGCCAGCCCCCUUCACCGACAGCCUCCCCGCCCCGCCCCGGCCGCUCCCCCCGGCCCCGGGACUAACCUGGGCUCCCUGUGUGUAGCAGCGGGGGCGACGUGGGGACGUCUCGACACUCUCUCCUCCAUCUCCUUCCACCUUCUGUCUCGCUCCGUCCUCUCCCGGAGAUAAACUCCAACUAUGGCUUUUGUGGGUCUCGGUUUGACGGUCCUCUUGGCCUCCCUUGUCGCUCUCUGCUCCGCGGGCUCGGACGCGCCCCGGGGAGUCGCGGUCGGGUUCGUUUUUGACCCCAAAGCGACGUGUGAGCCGCUGUGCAGACACGGAGGGGUCUGCAUCCGCAACAACACAUGCUUCUGCUCCAAGGGAUAUGAAGGGGAGACCUGCCAGUAUGCCAACUGUUACCCCAAAUGUAAGAAUGGAGGGACGUGUCUUCGCCCUGGAAAAUGCAGAUGUCUUCCAGGAUAUGGAGGGAGAUACUGUCACAAAGUGACGUGCGACGGGGGAUGCUGGAACGGAGGCGAAUGCACCGCCGUCAACGGAGUGGCCAAGUGUAUCUGCCCCUCGAGCUGGACGGGCUCAAAAUGCCAGGAGGCGAUCUGUCCCCAAGGCUGCAGGAACGGGGGAGUCUGUGUGGCUCCAGGAAUCUGCAGCUGUCCGGAGGGAUGGCUGGGUGGCGCCUGCCACACUGCUGUGUGCGCUCAGUCCUGCCUGAAUGGAGGGAAGUGCAUUUCACCAAACAAAUGCCGCUGUCGCCCCCCUUUCUCUGGCCCUCGCUGUGAGGAGAGGAAAAAGUCACACUAGUGUGACCCUGCUGAGGUCAAAGGUCAAAGAGGCCCAAUAAGGGACUUAAUGCUGACGGGGACAAUUCAAUUUUUAAGCUGAAACUUUUGUAGUUUUUAAAUUUUUUUAUCCUGUAUGCAAUUCUUUUAUAAGAAUCCUUGAACCUGUUUGUUCUCAUUUGACUGUAUAAACAUGUCCUGUACUGUAAUUUGUCAUUAAAUGAG